AUGACAGUUCGAGAUCAACUCUCUCAACACCAAGACUUCCUCAACUCGCCUCGAUUUUCGAAAUUCCAGAGCAUCCUCAAAGACGAGAUCGAAUCUCCGACGAGUCUAUUAGUCCGUCACGCGUACAUUAAGGAGUUUACUCCCGACUGUCAAGCAUUGGGAAAGGGCGCCCCGUUCACUGGGUCGGCAAUCUACGUUUCCACGGACGCCGCGUGGCAUGAAGGUGCUUGGCCGCUGUGGACGCAUGUCGUGAGAUACGUGGAUGGCUGUCUCGGCUGCGCAGGUGGCCCCGUCGUCGAGGCCGUCGACGGGCACGAAAACUCGUACAUCGUCUAUGUUGGCUGGGAGAGUAUCGAGAAACAUGAGGCCUACCAUCAUACCAAGCACUUUGAGCAUCGGAGAGUCAUUCUGGGAUUGGGCAAUAAGGGAUAUCGAGAGUAUGGGCACGUCCAGUUUGAAGGUUCACGAGAGCAGCCCGCUGCAUGGCGGCUGUGA